AGUUUCUGUCCGGACCGAACGGGGGUAAGACGUCCCUGUGCCCCCAACGCUUUUUCCCUCGCGCACGUGUGUGGGUACGCGCUGUGUUUUCGCGAUUCCUCGUCGUUGUAAACGCACCGGUUUCACUUUCCGCAACGUGUGCGUUUGUACAGUGUUUGAUUUCAUGUGAUACUUCAGCAAAAUUCAGUGUGUUUCGUCUGUUUACACGCAUAACUUUACCAUGAUUGGCUCGGGAAUCUUUUCUCUAGGCACAAGUGAAUGCUAUCUCCUACACUCAGUGAUCUCUUAGUUUUACCUCUGUAGUGUUCUACCAUCAAAUUGAUGAUCAAAGAAUUAGGAAUCUCGAGAUUUGAUAGUUCCUCCGGCGGGUUUCAACUUUUUUGCGUGCCUAUGUAAAGUCUCUUCGAUGCGUGGCCUAUUUUUUCUCUAGAAUGUUUGGCAAUUUCGAAUAGUUUAUGUUUUGCCCGAAGUUGCUUACCCUCAGUGGUACGUUUGAGUGUUCUUCAAGAAUCUUGGAUGCAUCUUUACCUCCCGCGAUGAAUGCGGUUUGGAUUACUUAUUUUGGAUAACCUCUUCUUUUGUGACGAUGAAAAUUUCAUCCUCGGAAUCGGUGCAACAAUUUGCCCUGUGUCUUGUGCAACCCCCGUGUUCUGAUUGUUCUAACCUCUGUUGAAAGCUCGGGUUUUAUAACGCUUCGUGAUGCUUUGUCUAGUGAUUGUGUGUGGAUUAAGAAAUGCCCCUUUAUCAGCCCAUUUUUAAAAUGCGUUCUCGUGUUAUUUUUAAACGGUUGAGUUCAGAGCUUCUUGACAAUUCGUCGUUCGAUUCUCAGAAAUUUCCCCCAUUCAAAUUUUAAACAUUUCUUCUUCUACUAUCAAUCGUUCAUUGUGUAACUAAUGAUCGAGCCCCUUAAUUCUUGAAUCAAUUUCUGUUUGUGAGUGCGUGAUAAUCGAUUCAGUGAAUUCAUUUAUUUACUCGGAUGGAUUAACGAUGAAUCUUGUUUAGCUGUGAACGUACGUGAGAUGAAGCUGAAUAGCCAUUUCAAGUUUUGGACCUCAAAAUCAGGACUGUUCAAUCGCAAGAAAAAACCGAGAACGCUGUAAGAUGAAAGCGGUUUGCUUUCUCGUGGUCUCCUUCAUGGCAUUUGUACAAUGUGGAUCUCAAACGCAGCAAUAUUUUCGGGUGCUCCCAAGGAACACGACGGUGCACGAGGGUGGGGAGGUGACCCUCGAAUGCGCCGUCGGGAGUCUCGCCGGCAAAGUCCAGUGGGUCAUGGACGGAUUCCCUCUCGGUUACGAUCCGAACCCGAGCGGGUUCCCGCGGUACACGGUGGUGGGCGACGCCAAGAACGGCGUCUUCAACCUGCGGAUCAGUAACGCCUCUUUGGACGAUGACGCCCAGUUCCAGUGCCAAGUGAGCCCCUUCAAAGCCCACAAAGCCAUCAGAGCCAUCGCCAACCUCACCGUGAUCGCACCUCCUAUCUCAAUUUCGAUCACCAACCACACCUCUCACUCAAAAAUCGAGAUUCGAGAACGCGAAGAACUAAGCCUAGAAUGUGUGGCGAACGGCUCGAAGCCAGCAGCGACGAUCGUGUGGUAUCGCGGCAAACACCAGCUCAAAUUAGGAGAUCGGAAAGAAGAGAGGGUCGAGGCGGAUGCCCGGGGCAAAAGGAUGACGACGUGGAGCCGAAUCAGGAUCGUGCCAACGGCAGAAGAUGACAGAGUUGAUUAUGCCUGUGAGGCAAGGCACGAAGCUCUCAUGCAGGACAUUCCAUUCAGAGCCACCGUUCAACUCAGCGUUCUUUAUCCGCCCGGCUUGCCAUACAUUGAAGGAUUCAAAACCGGCGAUACUAUCCAACGAGGACAAUCUAUAGACUUAAUCUGUAAAUCCCACGGAGGGAACCCUCCCGCUCAACUGAUUUGGUAUAAAAAUGGUGGCCAAAUUUACAACAUGUACAGAACAAGCGGUCGUAUGUCUGAAAGUGUCUACACAAUAACAGCUCAAGAAAGUGAUAAUAAUGCGACCUAUCGAUGCGACGCCAAAAACAUCAUGAGUGAACGCGCUCUUACCACCGAAGUUGUUCUGACUGUAUACUAUUCUCCUGUGCGCGUAACAAUAUCUGGUGCUACAGAGGCGAAAGUGAAUGAUUCAGUGCAGCUUUCGUGCUUAACAAGCCCAAGCAACCCUCCCUCUUUUAUUCAUUGGACUAUAAAUGGUAGAAAAGUUCUCCAUGGUUUCAACAGAACUGUAACUGCCCCUGAGGGCGGAUGGAUCACUUCAUCCAACAUUACCGUAAACAUCACAUCAGAAAGAGCACUAAGUGUUUUUUGCCAUGCCUCCAAUCACAAAGUUGCUCAACCGACCAUCGGGGCUCAUAAAAUCAAUGUUCUAUAUCCACCUGGUGUCCCCCAAAUCAGUGGAUAUUCAUCAGAUGUGCCAAUUCAUGCAGGGAAAAUUCAGAAGAUGUCAUGCUCUUCCAUGGGAGGCAACCCUGUUCCAACACUCACUUGGUACAAAAAUGAUGUCAAGAUUUCCACUUCAAGUAACGCAGUUUCGAACUCUGUGAAUCCACCAGCCCAGGUCUCCUCAGAUAUCAGUAUUUUUGUCAAUGCAUCUGACAAUGAAGCUAUUUACAAAUGCUCUGCCUCAAAUUCUGCCACAGACAUUCCUUUAUUUGAGACUGUCAAACUGAGUGUCUAUUUCCCUCCUGAGCAUGUUUUGAUCAAAGUUGAGCCAGAUAAUCUCCGCAGCGACACCAAAGCCACUCUAACAUGCGAUGGGAGCUCAAGUAAUCCACCAGCAGAGCUUAGCUGGUGGCUAGACAAUACUCUCGUCCAAUCUGGAGUCACUAAGAGUACAAAACCGCUGCGUCUUUAUGGUGGUACCACUUCAUCCAUUCAACUUACUCUGAAUGUAACAUCAGAUAUGGAUGGAAAAGAGUUCACAUGCCAAGCCACCAACACUGCUCUUCUGAGGAGUGUUCAUGCUCUAAUCAAAUUAAAAGUCCUUUACAAACCAGUCUUUACUGAGCUGGAAGGUGGUGAUCAAAUGGGCAUCGAAGGCGAACCUCUGCUGAUUGCUCUGCAUGCCCGUGGAAGACCCUCCAGCAUAUCAUAUGUGUGGACGAAAAACAAGGCAACGCUCAAAUCUAAGUAUGUGGAUGGACCUGUUCUAAAUAUCACCAAAUUGAGGCGCUCAGACACUGGGCUCUAUACGGUCACUGCCACCAACAGUGAAGGCUCAACAUCCCUAACAUUCAAUAUAUCUGUUCAGUAUCCCGCCAAUAUUACUGCUGUCUCGGAGAAUAUCAUGGUCUCUCCAGGAGAAGAGGCUGAGUUAUGGUGCAAAGUUGAUGGUAACCCAUUGAGUAUGGACAAUAUUGUUUGGCGAAAAUCUGGAUUCAACAAAGAAAGGAGUGUCGAGGCAUUUAACAACAACACAUCCUUCUUGACUGUCAGAAAUAUUUCAGUUCAAGACAUGGGAGCAUUUGAGUGUGUAGCUAAUAAUGGUUUUGGAAAUGACAGCUCCAGAGCAGUAUUUUUAGUCGUGAAACAUAAACCUGAGAUGGAUGUUCGACCUUCUCUGGCAAAAUCAGCUGCUAAUGUUGGCAACACAGCCAAACUAAUUUGUCGUGGAUCUGGAGCUCCCAAAUUAUCCUUUCAUUGGACUAAGGAUAAAACAAAGUUACCUGUGAAUACAACGGGGAAGUACGCUUCAGAAUUUAUUAAGGUCAACGAAGUAACAUACGAGUCUAUUCUAUCUGUGCGAAAUGUAGACGCAUCAGACUAUGGGCAAUAUGACUGCAUUGCUCGAAACGAACUCGGCACAGCUUCAACUUCAAUUCAGCUUUCUGUCAUGUCGGUACCAGACCCACCCUAUAAUUUCUCCGUUGUAAAUAUCACUUACAACUCAAUUGCUCUGUCCUGGAAACCUGGUUUCAACGGUGGCCAGCCUGCAUGGUACAAAAUCAGUUUCCAGUCUAGUUCCACUGACCAAUUGCAUUACAUUGAAACCAGUAAAGAUACAACAGAGACAGUUAUUCCAGGAUUAGAGCUAGGAACGCAAUAUGUGUUCAAGAUUUUAGCGAAAAAUGAUCUUGGUGAAAGUAGACCAGCAGCAGAGAUAUUAAGACCCACCACUUCAAGUAUUGCUCCUCCUUCUCUGUCAAGCCUGGGGAAAGCUCACACUGGCGAUGGGACUUUGCUUUUGGUCGGCUCCCUGGUCGGGACUGUGCUGCUUCUGCUCAAUGCCUUACUUCUUGGAUGCUGCCUUCACAGACGAUCUAAGAAGCGUUUGACUGGUGCUAGUGAGCAAGGAAGUAACAAGUCUGCUACGAUAGAGAUGUACGCUCCCAGUAGUUACAAUGAGACCAUCACGGGAGAAACAUUAAGUAGUGUCUCAGAAAAGAGUGAAAGCUACUCUGAUAAUAAUGCCGACUACGGUGAUGAUGGCCGGAAGUCUGCAGCUGGUACAUAUCUUAUAGAAAAAAUAGAUUAUCCAUUUCAGUAUCCUGGAUACGAUGGUGUGAAAGAACCUGACCAUGGAACAAUUCAUAGGAAUUACGCCAAUCAUAAUGGAUCAGGUAUCGUGCCUUUAGGCGAUUCAACAUAUUACAGUGCUCCAGUGGAUGCAAGGUACCCAGCGUAUCCUCCUCCCGCACAGUUUGCUCAACCUCCUAUCAUCCCUCCUCCUCCACACAGGGGCAAUCCUCCCGAUGUCACAGUCUUAAGUGCUCCUCCACCACUUUUAUCGACGUUCACGUAUUCGUCUAUGGAAACCGAGGGUCAUCUCGUAUGACACUCCCCAAUAGCGUCCAAGUGUCCCUCUGUGAACACUGGCACGCUCCGCAAGAAAGUUCUUGUAUCUUGAGACGAGGCCUGUUAGUCUUUUUUUGUUACGUGUAAAAAAUAUUUUAUUUUCCAGUUGAUGUGAUGUCCAAAUAUCGCCUAAUUCUGGCAAACCGUUUUUUGCAUGUCAACAGUCUUUUGUUCUUUCCAAACAAUUUUUCUGACAGUCUCUUUCACUUUUAUUCUUUUCCUCCCUCAAACUCUCUUUUCGAGCAAUAGGAUCAAUCCUUGUCUUAUUUGAAACUGCCCGGCUCUUGUAAAGAUACAUGUGUGGAUGCAGCUCAUUGUAUCCCAAAGUAACAGUAAAUGUAUUUAAUUACCACCUUUGUUGCUGAAUACAUACUUAUUUUAAAAUUUCAUAAUUAGGGGUACGACUACUUAAAUACAACAUGUUUUUAAUUAUUAUCAUUGCCAAGUAAUUACUUCUUCUUAAGUGGACAUUAUCAAUGAAUUUCACUAAAUUGAUUCAUUCUUUAGAUAAGUUUACUCUUUGACUCGGCAACCCAAGUUCCCUGUCAUUAAUAUUUGCCCCCUUAACAAAGGAUGAUGUAAGUCUUUUGAUCAAUAUUUAUAAGUAUAUCUUGGCGGAGGCUUAUUUUUCCUGCCAAAUCGAAUGAAUGCAAUUGACAAGCAUCAUUGAUAGGUCCUGACCAAUAAUUUCAUUAAAUCCUAUUAGGGAUUACUGACUCCAUUUUUCCUCAAAAACUUUUGUAAGAAAAUAAGUGGGUCUUCCAAAACAUUUAAUUUUCUCACUGACUUACACUCUUCCUCGGACUUUAAUAGAAAAGAAAGGAUUGAUCCGUGUAACUUUCAUGUAACAGGGUGUCCAGCAGUUUCUUCCUUUUAAGCUCUCAGAGAUUUCCUGGAUUUUUUUUUUCGGAGGAACCUUUGGUUUUUUUCAUUUCAUGUGAAAACUGUCUUACUCCACAUGCUCUGUGUAAUCCGGAAAAUCUCCCAGUAUCCAAUAUACUUUACUUACUGCAAUUCCCUGGUUUUUUCCCCGGAUUUCCUAGACUUGAGCCACCCUGUUCAAACUCUGAUGUAAUCGCAUACCUUUCUUGUUGUAUGCCAUCAUUCUCUCAUUUUUCAUGGAUGAUUCCCUCUUCCUGUGACAAUACGUUAUUGUUUAGAAAUUAAAUUAAGUAGGCAAAUGUAAUUUAUCUCAUUCGUUCGUUAUUAAAUUAGUCAGCAUUGCUGUAUUGCUCUGAGUUUGUUUUACUUCUAAAUCUAGUCACAGCAAUCGACUUUAUUAGGUUCACAUUUGUAAAAAUGUCAUGAGAAUGGGCAUGCGGGUAUCACUUAAAGAAAUUAGUGCCGUGCAAAGCACAGCACUUUCUAUUCCUCUGCUGAAAAAUAUUACUGCCUGAUCGGGUAAGGGUAUUCAACCCUGUCUUCUGUAUUAAAAGUGAAAGAACUCUAAUCAAAUUAUUUAUGCUCAAAGUACAGUUGAUACAAAGUAGUAUAACAUGUAAAAUAUACUAACUCAGUCAGAGGACUUGUUUAUAAAUUUGUCAUCUGUAGACUUAUACCCUGAGGGUUUUUUUUCUUAUUAUUAUGAUCAUUAGUUUUAAUGUACCACUAGACAGGGUAAAAAAUUCAACUUUUCAAUGCGUUUUCCAUCAAAAUUUACUUCCACUGAUCGAUUUGAUCCGUGUUGAUUUUGGGUUUUUUUGUGAACUUUACUUAUAAUGUAAACCAUAAAUACAAACUUCUCAAUUAUCUGUUUAUAUUAAACUUCGUUAACAAAAUCAACGCAAAAACACGUUUGAAAGUGCUUCACUUCCUACCCUUUCUAGUGGUCUUCUGUCUUUUUUUCGUUUUUUCAUGACUAGACUAAAAUUAGUAAUGAACGAAUUGAACGAACUAAUUUUAUUUUUGUAUUUUUCACCAUGAGCUCAGGAUUAGCUCGGUGAUUGUUAUGUGUUGAUGGUCCUAGUCAUCAUCCUGUCACUUAUACCAAAGUAUUGUAAAUAAUUUAAGGUACUAGGUCUAAUUUGAUGGCUGAUGGAUUGUUAUCAAUAUGCUAAAGUCAUAAAUGUUGCAGCUGGUGCUGAAGAAUCUGCCUUUAGAUUUGAAAGAAGUGUGUGAUGAAUCUUAUUUUGACGGUUGAUACCUCCUUAUCAUGUUAACAUACACUCAAAAUUGAUGGAGUUUAUAGCAUUUUGAUUAAUGACGUGAUGUGUGGCACGUGGCACCAUCUAGAAUAUUUACGCAUGCAUCUGCGAUGAAUACCAUUUCUUCUCUUUGGUAUUGCAAAUCAAGCCGACAUGGCAAAUGUUUUCUUCUCUAAGUUAUGAGCUCAAUUCGUCAGGAAUAAAAAAAUUCACUGACAUAGUUGAUGAUGUAAUCUAUUCUGUAUUUUGGAAGAGGAUAGCUUUAAACUCAUGAAAUUGAAACUGUAAAUGACACUGGAAUGAAAUUGUAACUUCCGUAUGAAUGCUUUCGACUUUGCUACCCUCCAAGUGUCAGCAAUAAUACAUUUUUCCAUAGCAUGUGUAAUCAACUUGUUGGAUUGCUCAAAUAUUAAAUUUUGAGGAGACUUUUUUCUCAUUGUUUCAAUUAACGCAUUUCUUACUAUCCAUUGAAUUAAUUUAUAUAAUAUUGGAAAGUGAACUGAGCAGUUGUUCCAGGAAUUGCAAACAUUUUUCCUCCAAUCCUUCACGUUUUUGAUUUUUUAAGUUUCUUUAAGUAUCAGUACUAUGCCACUAUUGUCAAUUCUUUCAAGCUUCAGAUCUGUAGUUACUAGUUCUGACUCCACUCAACGUGUAAAAAAAAAAUGUCUGAAGGCAAGAUAUCUUCAAUUUUAAUUUGUAUGAAUAGCUGGGUCUGUCAAGUUCAAAUUAAUAGCUCUUAUUUUGAAACUACCGGGAACCAAAAUCUACAAGUUAUUUGAAGGGUACAUCAAAAGGACUUUUUAGGAAGGAUGUCUGGUGUAUAAUGCUGCCAAGUUUUUGCAACCACGUGAAACAUUUUACAGCAGGACAAUAGCACUUUCAUUUGAAAAUUAUUCCUUUAAACAGCAAAAAAGAAAGGAAACAAUUAAUUUGACGAGUCCUUUUUGUUUAAGUAUGAUUCUUCAGUUGAGGAGCAUAUUUUUGAAAGAGGGUGUGAAUUUCACAGGAAUCUAUCAGCACUUCCACUUCUCUUCAAAAAAGUUGUUCGAUUAAUUUAAACUUCGAAAAAAAUGAUGAGCCACAAUAUCUUUAAACUAAGCUUAGACAUGAUGUUCGAGUUGUCAGCUUUAGAAAAGUGUGUUUUCAUCAAUGAAAAUCUAUUUGAGGUUCUCACUGGUAAAUUCAAUUAUUUCUCAGAUUUGGGAUGAAACAUUACAAAAUAGUUUUUGCUACCCGUAAGUAGACAUUAGGAUAGACCAUUCUUACAACCUGAUGAGGGAUGUGCAUUUCCAUCAAUUUAUCCCUCCAUUAUGGUUACUCAGAUGUUAUUCUGCCUAGCUCAAUUUUAUAAAGCAUAUUUAAAAUGAGACAGCAAACAAAAGCCUUGUGUAUACAUUUUUAAAUUCUUAUGACUUCUUACUCAAGUAAAUUUGUAUCAUUCUGUGUAUUAAUGUAAAUUUGUACAUUCAAUAAUGUGAUUAUUGGUGAGGUAAGUUAUGGCGACUGACCUGUUACUUUCUGUAUUAUAAGUGAGAUACUAAUAGCUCAUGUUUUUCUGCGAAGGAAGAAAAGAACAUUGGAACAAAUUGGAGGAGAUUGAAAACUGAUUAAAAUUUUUUUCCUUCAAGCAAAGUGUUCGCCAAUUCCUUUUUGAUUGAAAAUCGAGCAUUUAAAAUUUUCCAAUAGUAUUUCAACAAACAGUUAGCAAUCAUAUGUGUCCUACACCUAACGAAAUGACACUAAUAAUCUGCUUUGAAUCUACUCUCAGUAGUAUGACAGAUGUAAAUUUCAGGAGAAUAAGAAAUAGAAGCCAAACUUAUGUUAUGAUUUAUGUCGUGUUCCAAUGUUCUCUCCCUUUCUGAGGAACAUUUCGCCCGUUUUACCAUUGUUUUAUUUUUAUUUCUUUCUUUUUUUAUAUAAUUCCUUAAUAGUUCUUAUUUUCUUUAUGAUCUCAUUAUGUUUUAAUCCGUGGUUUGUUUCUACAAAAGAAGGUAAAAAAAUUCAUCAUGGGACUUUUAAAUUGUUUCCCAUGCGUACUACUAGUAUUAUACUAAAUUAAUUCAUCUAUGACUGAAUUUUAUUCCAUAUUUCGUUAGUCCCUUUGUUUUUACUCCAUGGUGCAAUGGCAUUUUGUAAAAUAGUUUUGUAGUUACUUUGCUUGGAACUCUCAGAAAAAUAUUGCUUGCCUUUGUCCUGAACCAGUUCUUUUUCUAACAUUUCAGUUUCAAAGGAAAAUCAGUUCUGUUCAAUUUUAGAAGUCUUCACGUUUGUAAAUGUACAUAGCUUAGAUAAGUAAAUUAUUUUUGUAAUUGUAAAAAAAAAUUAGAUAGGCGUAACUAAAACCAUCAAUUGUACAUUAACUGGAAAUGUUUGUGAUUGGAGAACAAUCUUUGUUCUAUUGGCAAAGUAUUUAAGCCAUGCUAAAUUUUUUGAGUGUUUCCUUCCAUUACUCCACUGAUUUUUCACUUAUUUUCUUCUACUCGUCAAUAUUAUCUUCUACAUAUUUUUGCUACCAAUAUCCUGGUGCAAAUUACCUUCAAAGAACAGUAAUCGUUAUCACUACACCUGUAGUUCAGUCCGACUGAUGAGGUAUUGACACCAUUAUACAUAUAAUAUCAGUAACUUUGAAUCACUAGAAAUUUAAUCUCCUAUCUUUUUCUUCCAUCCAUUAAUUCUUUUGAAGACAUCAACUUUCUAUUUUCCCCCCGAUUUGACUAACAUAAUUUUAUCCAAUGGAAUAUAAAAUCAAAUCACUUCUACACACUCCUUUUAUUUCUCCAGUUUUUCAAGCUCUAUCAUGCAGGUUAAUGAAACUGACUGAAUUUUACCUUCGUUUUGAAGUUAUUUAUUUGCAUUUUUCCCACUACCUUUUUAAUGUAAUAGUAAUUUUCAACUUUUGACAAAUAUUUCUUAUUUAUAUCCGUUUCCUUUUUAUCCUUACUUUUGAAGAAAAAAAAAGAAAAAAAUUGAUUUUUAAUUUUUAAUGUACAUGUCUCACAAAUUUUCCCCGAGGCAAAUUGCCAAAUUUGUUCUCUAUUGAUAUAAUGUAAACAUUGGAGUAAAGAAACUCAAUAAUCAAUGUAUUUCUUAUGGCUUAAAUAAUGUCAAAUGUACAAUAUUCUCGUUAAAAUGUUUUUCUAAACUCAUAUUUUUGUUAACAACCUGUUAAAUAAAUCAAUUUUUUUUAAAAAAA